CUUGCCAUUAUAUUUCUGUGUAUUCUGUGAAUAAGUACAAAAAUAUUUCUAAAAAUGGGCGAUCCGGAAGCAUCAAUGGAUCAACCAGCAUACGCGUGCUUCUUCUGUGUAAUGGGCACCACCUCGGCCAUAGUCUUUACGGCGCUGGGUGCAGCCUAUGGAACAGCCAAGUCUGGCUUGGGAAUCGCAUCGAUGUCUGUGAAGCAUCCGGAACUCAUUAUGAAGGCCAUCAUACCAGUUGUUAUGGCAGGCAUUAUUGCCAUCUACGGCCUGGUGGUCUCUGUUCUGCUAGCCGGUUCUCUGUCUAAACUGUACAACAGCUACAGGGCCUUCCUCAAUCUGGGCGCUGGCAUAGCCGUUGGUCUUUCUGGGAUGGCUUCCGGCUUUGCAAUUGGAAUUGUGGGCGACGCCGGUGUGCGGGCUGCUGCGCUGCAACCAAAGCUAUUUGUGGGAAUUGUCUUGAUAUUGAUCUUUGCCGAAGUACUCGGCCUUUACGGCCUCAUUGUGGCCAUCUAUCUGUUUACUAAGUAAAGAAACUUUUGAAUGUUAA